CAGUCCACUGCCACACGGCUUCGUUUGCUGCACAUGGAAGGGCCAAUAGCCUGGUGCGAGGACUCGUGACCAUCGUGACACUGUCUGCCGCUCUGACAUCAUCUUGCUGUGCUGCAAAUCGUGUGUGUGUCUGCAGGAACGCUCCUCUGUUCACGACCACCCGUCCAUUGUCGGCGUGCCAUCGACAGAGGCCGCUGCUCUUCAUGUGCGACGACAGGGACCUGCACUUCGACUCAGGUGUGGGCGGGAACAGAACAAUGAACAGGUAGGUGGAUCCGGAUGGUCUGAUGUGUACAUGGCUUCAGUGCCGGUGACGGUGGCCCUUCAGCUGAGGGGCAUACACCUGAGGCAGCAGAAAUAUCACCUGCUGCACAGACGGAGCCAUUCACUGGUCAAUUAAUCCUCACGGGGGGGUGUUUGUUCUCUUGUGGUCGACGGGAGGAUCCGUGUGGACCGUCUUGCAGCUGUACCGUAUACGUACGUGCAGGCUGUAUGUGUGCGUCUGUGUGUGUGUGUGUACUGUGCAGUACUGCCGUUCCGUCUUGGUGUCUGCCUCCGCCUUUCACCAAAGCAGGAAACAGACCUACGCGGGAGCGAGGGAGCUGCUGCAGGCCGUAAGGAGGCCGAACGGCAUCACGUGCAGCGACACCAACAACACGACCGUGCUCCCUUUCAUCCGUUCAGCUUGAGAACAUGGACAGUGCGAGGAAGAGAAGACGGCGGCAACGCCCAGUGACACAGCCGUCAGGGUCACCAGAGGAAAGACCAGGCCCCAGUGAAUUUAAGGCGGCAGAAGAAGGGGAGAGCGAGGAAGGUAAGACACCGACUGAACACACCCACGCGCAGGCAGAGAAUGGUCUCUCUUGUGUUGCGGACUUUUCAGGGGGGAUGGAAUCGUCUUUCUCCGAGUUCGAAGGGGACACAGCAAGAGAGGACGAGCUGCCUGGAGAAAGGGGUGUGGUUGGCCGCGUGUCGUCGCCCGACCAGCCCCUCCCGCUCUCCAGUCGGUUUGAGCCGCUCGGCCCUCGUAGGCACAAAAUGUGACAAGGGGGUGCGAGGGCGAGACACAGACGGUACUUUGCUGGCACGUCAACCGUUCGUGUGUAUACUCCUGUCGUUCC